GGCAACUUUUGGCGAAAUCUUGAUCUUGGAACAGCAACAUCCAUCAUUGAUGCGGCUCAGUCGAACUACACAUGUAACUUCAAUACUCACUUCUCGACCCAGUCCCGUUUGAGAGGGAUAGUCAUCGCUUAACCAUCUCUCUAAACGCGUCUUUCGGCGGUCUCGUACGCAUCGCAUAAGCGAUGGCGUACAAGGGAAAGAAAUAAUUAACACAACAUUUUCUAUCCUAGGCGUAUUACAGGACUUUAUUUUCGAGAAUCAACUCCCAUAAAAAAAUGUAAAGAUGUCUCAAUACCAGCCAGCGCAGCCUAGGUCAGUCCUUCGAGGUCAUCGUGCCCAGGUGCAUGUCACUACUUUUAUUAGGAGCAAUCAGAGACUAGCAUCUGGAGAUGCUGAUGGCUUCGUAAUACUCUGGGACUUGACUAUCAUGCGUCCUAGGACUGUCUGGCGAGCUCACACAAACGCCAUACUCGGAAUCUCCGACUGGGGAGACGACAAGAUAAUUACGCACGGCAGAGACAAUCGACUUGUCGUAUGGAAGCUUGGUAGUCAAGAUGAGAUUGCGAUGAGUACUGCUCUUCCACUUGAUGAAUCCGCACCUGAACGACCUCAGCCGUGGAUCCUAUACAUACUCGAAGUCAAUACGUUAAACUUUUGUUCCUUCACAUAUUGCCCCCCUGCGUCGGAUACCGCUCAAGAUGAACUCCUCAUUGCGGUUCCUAACACGCUGGAGUCCGAAGCUGUCGAUAUUUUCCAUCUUCCCAGUCAAAGCCGGCAACGUACUGCUCAUCUGGGAAGCAAUACAGACAACAAGGGUAUGGUCAUGUCGGUACGUCUGUUCUGGCACCAAGGAUACCUUACCCUUGUUGCUGCCUAUGAAUCUGGCCUCGCAGUGCUAGCGCAGCUCAGAAGAGGUGAAACGUGGGACAUAUUAUAUAGAGCACAAGUGCAUAGUCAACCGGUGCUCUCACUGGAUGUGGAUCCCCAUAAUUGUUUUUUCUUGACUUCCGGUGCUGAUGCCGUCAUCGCGAAACAUCCGAUUCCUACCGCAGCUUCUUUGGUUAAGGAGUCACAGGGCACAAGACAAACCAGCAACGAGACUGCUAAAGAUCCCGACCCAUCACUACUCUCUGCUACUCUUUCAUCAGCGCCUAGGGUUAUACCCCCUAGGCAAACAAGACCAAGCAUCGAAACACAACCGUUGAAAACUAUCAACACUAAGCACUCGGGACAACAAAGUCUCCGUAUCCGAUCCGACGGUAAGAUUUUUGCGACGGCAGGAUGGGACUCAAAAGUGCGUGUAUAUUCAACGAAGACCAUGUCGGAGCUAGCGGUGUUGAAGUGGCACGAUGUCGGCUGUUACGCAGUUGCUUUCGCCAUAUUGAUUGAUGAGCAAUCCUUAGACCCCAUGAAGUCAAAUACUCGGAAGGAAGAGACCAAUGAGAACCCAAAAAGCGGACUAGCUACUUCUACUAUCCUAGACAACAGGGAUGCAACUCAUACAUCGACUUUACCAAAGCCAGGCCAACUGAGUGUUAAAGAUCGGCGGAUAAAGAUGGCAAAAGGGGCUCAUUGGCUAGCGGCCGGUAGUAAGGACGGGAAAAUUAGCUUAUGGGAUAUUUAUUGAAAAACUACCCUGGUUAUCCUCAGAAUGCACUACAUUCGUCUCGGACACGGAUUGUCUAUCAAAUUAUACCGUGUAUUUAUAUCUACACAGAGUAGAUUAGGGGGGUGGUCACUACCCACGAAUACCAGUAUGAAGGCCAAGUAAGA